AUGCUUGAAGAAUGCACCGCUGGCUCCAACCUGUCGCGUAAAGCAACUCUGCUAAUGGCAGAGGUUAUGCAGAUGACGAACAGAGUACUUCCCCUGGGUGUUGCUGCCAAGAUACGGGCUGUUCUACGCGUGUUUAAUCUGGCAGCAGAUUACAACCGAGGAGAACAUAGGAUAGUCGGAACAUCUGCUCUAUCGGCAAUCGAUAUCUUCAAUCGUAAUCGUUUGAGACUGCAACCUUGUGUUAGGAAUGCACAUCCAAGGGCGAACUCUACUAAAGACGCAGUCCGGAAAGGGCAGAGACAAGUCGAGCAGGUCAAAAUCAAGAUGGGGAUGCAGAUGGACGAUAAAACUUUCUAA